AUGAGAUCAUCUUUACCGUCUUUGAGACUCAACAGCAUAUCAUCAUGCGGUCAUACAAGAUCGAUACCGAGAUCAGUCGGUCGAAUUGCCGCCAGAAACAUAUCUUCCAGUAGUGUGGCAACCACUUCACAAGUAACUUUGGCACAUGCUCCCUUCCCUAAACGAUUCUCAAGCCCGUUCACCUCGUCUCAAAGACCGAUGAGAAUGCCGCAAUCACCACUUAAAGUACGUUCUAUGACAACAAUCACCCGUCAACCCGAACAGCCAGAAGAGCCAGAAGUGUUUGCGGGGGAUACAGAACCAACAAUCAUCAUCACAGAUCGAGCGGCAGAUCAUUUAGCAAAAGUGUCUGAACGAGAAAGUAAUCCAGAUUUGGCAUUACGGGUAACAGUCGAACCUGGAGGUUGUCAUGGCUAUCAAUACAAGAUGGACUUAACAAGUGAAGUGGAAGAAGAUGAUUUUCGAUUUUCUAUAGAAGGUAGAAAUGUUCACCUUUUGGUCGAUUCAAUGUCUCUUCGACUCAUCAAAGGAAGUAGGAUCGAUUAUGUUACAGAAUUAAUCGGAAGUCAAUUUGCCAUCUUUGACAAUCCACAAGCAAAAGGAUCUGGUUGUGGAUGUGGGGUAAGCUGGGAACCAAAUUUGUAG